AAUUCUGCCUAGGUAAUAAUUAACGGAAUACUUCUGUCUAAAUACUAUUCCUCUGAAUCUUAUGAUUCUACAAGGAGCACUUUACUUUAAACGUAAUUAUAUUUAUAGCAAUUUUUUAAAUGUAAAAGGCCAUGUCAUUUUAGGUCGGUAGUUCAGACUCUGCUUCCAUCUGCUUCGAACGUGUCUGGCAAUCUAUGCUUAGUAAGCUUCAUGCGUUAAACGAAAGGCGGUUGUUUACAGCAAAUACGCUUUCAAACUGGAGUGUAUUUAUAUUCACAUAGUGAUUGUGUUACAGAACCAGAUAGAACAGUUCUGUAAAACGUUUAAUUUUCAUUAAUUGACUUAUAAAUGACGUAAAGCACUAUGGAGACAUUACUGCCAUCAGAAAUAGCUCGAUUGGUUCUUGGAUACUUAGAGGCUGAGAAAUGCAUCGAGGUUGCUAAAAUGUUUUUAGAGACUAGCAUACACUUGCAAGAAUGCCGUGUAGUUAUAUCAAAUGGGAAACGGUUCUCCACUAGAGUCAAUGGAAUGGCUUUGGUCGAUAUCAUUGAAAAGUAUUUUGCAAUCAUUGGAAUUGUGCGGGAACAUGUCAACAAGAUUACCGAUUGCGAACAGUUAAAGCACUGUGGCGACGUACUGGAACAGUUAAGAUUUUUAAUAGAGGAGACUCGCGGUCAACGUUUCGUUGUGAACAUCAAUGUUCCUUCGCAGAAUAGUACUCAGUCGAGUAGCAGUUCUCCCAUGUUGUCUGGGAACAUACGUAAAAGGCAUCACAGUAACAGUGAUCGCGAACGUUGUAAACGUCCAAAACUUGUAUCAAGCUCGUCACAACCGCAGAUGUUAUCCUCUACUGAUGUAGCUGCUUUCGAUAACUUGGAAGUAACUCCGCUGAAGAGUUUACCUGGUUACAUGGAUAUAUUUGAACGGUCUCGGUCUGUCAGUGAGUCCAAGAAAAGCACAUCGAAUAAUUCGUUGCAGCAAGAUGACGUUCCGGAUGUUGGUAACGUAACGGAAAAUGUAUGCACGGGGAACAGUGUAAAAGAUUCAGACGUGCCUGCCAGAUGUACCGCGGCGACGAACACGGAAGAGUUACUGAAUUACUCAUGCGUGGAGGUACAGACUAGUCCGUACGAUACCCCAGAAUCUGGAUCAGAGACUAACGACGAGCCGAUUGAAAACCUAAGCUUAUUGACCAAAGAGCUGUUGAACCGUACGGAGCUACAGGAACGAAUCGCUGAGAAUAUAAACAAGGCGAUACUUCCGACAGAUACGUCUUUAAAGGAGGACGCAAUGGUGAACGGUGAAGCUAACACAUCUGUCGUGACAGAAUUAAAUAACGCGAUUAAAUCGAUCGUAGAGGAGACCGAGUCCGAUCCGAUAUUUGAGAAGUUUCUUGACGAGAUCAUCGGGCCGCAUAUAAGGACAGAUACAAGCCCCAGCGUUGUUGAUGAUAGUGAUAGUAAACCGAAGUCUCCUAUCGAAUCGAAGGAGAAACAGCCCGAAACAAUUUCGAAUACUGACAACUUAUCUGAGAGAGGACCUUCAGUAUUAGAUAGUAAGCAAUCAGCUGAAAGAAUGGCAACAGUACCGUUGAAACACAGACUCCGUAGUUCUUCGAAGCAACAGAAUGUUCGAAACGAAGAUGAGCAACGAGAUCAAGAGAGAGACUGCACGGCCUUGGAGGAUAUAAACGCUGCCGCGAUAUUAAGCAUAAUAAAUGCGAAUAGUAUUAAUAAUAAAUUGACAAAUGAGAAAAAACUAGAAGACUGUACGAAGGAAACUGUAUCAGCAGACAUUCAUUCAUCGCUUAUCCAGAUUGAGAAUAGGCUACCAGCAUUGCAAGAUCCGCAUCAAAACAAAGAUGAACAGUCCAAAAAAAUAAUGAUCGAAGUCGAUCGCAAAGAAGAUGCUAACGUUGUUAAAAAAGUUGAGAGUGUCGAAACAGGGUCGAAGGUCAGAAAGACAUACAUGAAGAGAGCGCAGUAUCCCGUUAAACCUGUGCAAGCGAGUGAAGAGAUAACUGUCCCGACGUUAGUACUGGCUCCGAAGAGUGUCGUACUGCCGAUGAGUUCCUUUAUGCCUGUCAGUAGUUCGCGACUCGUUCCUAUCGCUCCAAAGGAUCCUAAUAUGCCAGAUAGAAGUUUAAUGGACAAAAUGUAUCUAACAACGGUGAAUGUCGCGCAAAAGGUGUCACCAUUUGUGCAUAACCAUCCGAUUGUCACUCCGGAAAGCUUAAUUUCUUGUAUGAUAACGAUGGCAUCGACGACAACGACAAAAACGUUGACUAGCACAACGAUGGAAAUGUGCCAACAGAACAAUGACAAAGCGAGUAGCGAUAAGGGUACUAGCGCAUCCAUUCGUACUGAGAAUUUCGCUGGUAGCUCAGUUACGAAUUCGACGACGUUCAGUAAGUCAAUUAAUGGGGAACUGAUAACGCUGUACGGUAAUGAGAAUAACGCGAAAACAUUGCUAGACGGUGCAAAUGUGCCUUCGAUAAAUAUAGAAGACAAUAUUAGCAUAUCUGGUUCUGGACUAUCGCCUUACCUAAAGUUUAACUGCAGCAAGAGCAAUCAAAAUCAGAGCUUGUCGGACAUCGAUCUAACGCCCGCUGCUCCAGUCACCGAAGUAGCUGCACCGGUGACGGGCAACGAUGUUAAGACGAAAAGUUCAUCGACUCCUCGAAGAAAGGACAGUCAUAUAAGAGCUCUCGACUUCAACACUCCGAUAAAAACGUCCGACGAAGCGAUCAAUGAAAUUGGAUUCUCGCAUUCGUCUUCCAAGAUAUCGUCCACGACGCACGUUAAGUCUGUGUGCGCAUCUCUAUUCAAAUCACCACCGUUCUCAAAUGUCACGGUGAGCAUGCAUAAACUUCCUUGUACGCUACCAGUUCCAGCAAAAAGUUCCGUGGUGAAGCUUACUGGUGAUUGUGGGAAACAGAAUGGUCUUGAUACGAUCGCAAUCGAUGUUCCUGCUUGUUCGAACAACAACGUUCCUACCGAAAACAAGGAUUCCAAAGUCAAGCCACGCGUGUCAUCGAUGAAACUUUCCAAACCUACUUGGGAUGCAGAUCUGCGAAUGGCUUUGACAGCUGCUGACAACAAGAUUGUUCAACAAAAGAAAACAUCUGGCAAUAAUACGACCAUAGAUCCUGCGAGUACUACUAAAUUAAAUACCAUUGGCACAGUUAAAAAGAAUAAAAGCAAUGCUUGCGUAUCGAAAGUGAAAGAUUUAGUCUCGAAGAAGGGAUCAUCUACCGUGGGAAGUACAGCUCCUGAGAAGAAGUUAGAAGAAAAUAAUAUCCCUGACACGAGAAAAAACGAUAAUACACAGCUAUCAAAUAAAGAUGUCAAUGAAGAAAAGGAUGCUAACGAUAAAUUACCAAUGGCCAAGAAGGUGACCGAUACUUUGCCGCAGGAAAAGAAGAUCGUAAAAAAGUAUGCUCAGAUAAAGACAUUAAAGACUAACUUGAAGAAGAAAGAUAGCAAACCUCAAACUGACAAUAAAUCGUGUGGAAAGGACGAGGGUUUCUCGAUUAAAACUCUCACCUCUUCGGACAUCGACCAACAGUUACUACAAUUGUCGAAUUUGAACGAGUUAGGUACACCGGCAAAAUCAGAAAACCCAAUCGAACUCCCACCGACGCCUAGAUUGCUCAGCCCAACCAGCAAUAUUACUAUACCGUACACAAAAUCCAACGAAGACUUGAGCAAAGUGCGUAGUUUCAUAAGCACGCCGGAAUUUCCAACGACACCCGGCAUCAACUUGACUAUGACUCCAAAAAUUUCCGAUGAAAUCACGGUAGACGACGUGAAAAAUCAAGAGCUUCAUUCUUGUUCUCCCUAUUACAAGCCGACUUCCGAAAAAGGUGAAUCUUUUGAGAAAUCGUUAAAGCUUAAUUCGAAUAACGAUACAAAGCAGCCAACUACGAGUACCUAUGGAGUUUGUGCACCAACGAAAUUGGAGAUAACGCAGUUUGAAGUGAUCAAAGAGAAUUUGCCGAAGGAGCAGGCUAUAAAAGAGUUGAAAAUAGCGGCUAGUAAUUCGCGGGAAUCGAUGCAGCAUCACACCGGGCAGGAAGCUAAGUUUGUACACGAUGGUGAACCGGAUAUGAAUAUGAAUAAACAUACAAUUAAAGAAGAUGAUAAAAAAUAUUCAUCAAACAGCGAUGAGUCGAACGAAAAUAUGAAUGUUAGCAAUACAUCAUCGAGUUCGUGUUCGUCUUCAUGUUCAUCGUCAUCGAAUUCAUCCUCAUCAUCGACGUCGUCGUCAUCCUCGCAACUUUCCUCGUCGAAGUCCCAACCUCCGACCACAUCAAAGGCGACGAACUUUUUAGACAAAUGUUCUCUCGACAAAAAAUGCAACAAAUCUUGGAACCAAACUUACACCGAUACGAACGACGAUUUUACAGUGACACGUAUCGCAAAGAUAAAUGAAAAAACAAAAUGUUUGGAGACUCAAACCGUGCCGGAUGAUCAUUUAAAGAAGCAUGAGUCUUCGCCAUUGAAAACGUUUCCGAUAACGGAAAACGAAAAGGAUUUAAAAUCUCAUACCAAAGAAACGCCUGUGAAAGAUGAAACUCUUUUAAAUGAAAUCGAUAUUUUAGAGACACCGAACAGUUCGAAAUCUGGCAUGGAUAAUAUAACUAAUUUAGCAUCGAAGAUUUCGGCACUGAUAUCUUCGGAGAACGAGAAGUUACCGAAAGUGACUAACAGUCCACAUAUUGAGAAUGCGUCGAAAAAUGUAAAGGAAAAAGUAAAAAUUCGAAGUAUAGAACGCGUCACGUCAGCCCCGUUAGUCAUUUUGAAACCUCUCAACAUCGUGACAAGUUCUCCCUCGUCGAAGAGUAACCACAAACCUGUGGCUAUGGACGAAAAACUUGUUCUUCGAUUGGAAGCGAAACGUCAACGGGUGAUAACAAAAUUUCGCGAAGUUUCAAAGACUAAUCUUGCCAAGAAAAAGACUCAAACUCGACGGAUUCUUAGCAAAGCUAAAAAUGCUGUUAAUUUAAAAAAAGAAACCGGACUUAAAAGUGCUUUGAAAAAUGCUAGUACAUUAAACAGUAAGAAAGAUACGAAAAUUGCAGAGUUAAAUAGCAAUAACAACCAUGACAAGAGUGAACAUAUAAAUGUCACAAACGAUGUAAUUGCAAAUAGCAAUAGCAAUAAUAAUGCUGUCAGUACUAACAAUAUGAACAAGGACAAUAGAAUUUUUCUUAAAAAGGAAGAUGAAGAAGAGCACAACUACUAUCGCAAGGAGGAAGAUUCGCUGAAACCGAAAAAUACAGUCGAUGCUAAUGGUAGAACAAAGUUAUUGGAAUCGAAGUCCAAGCCAGCAAAAAGGAAUGUAUUAAUUAAGGAGCAAGAGAAGCGUAGGAUGUCUAAUGAUACCGAACUCUUAGCUGAACAACGUCCUAACAAUAAUAUUCCUGAUAAAGUCGAACGACAAAGAGAUUCGGAGAACGGGAAGAAUUUGUCGCACGUUCUUCAAUGUUUAGAGCUCGUUCCAACUUGCAAAAGCGAUAACGUAAAAGAAUCUCAGUCUGUAAAAUCUGAUCAGAAAUUAGAUCUCAAUAAUGUGCAAUAUCAUUUUGUAUAUGACGAUAAGGUGAGCUUUAAAAAGAGGAGGCGAAGAUACAACAGCGACGAGUUGAAAGUCGAGGUUCACUUCGCAGGCUGUAAUGAUGGCGUUAAAGUCUUGUCAGCGAGCGAUUACGAAGAGAUAUUCGAUUUGCAGCCGAUAUUAAAGAAAAGAAAUUCUGAAACAUCCCACAAAAUGUUUGCCGACUCUUCUUCGGUGACAAAGAAUAUACAGCCGAAGCCUUUAGCGACUUCGUCACCCUUGGAUAAACCAACUGCAGUUGCAUGUAAAGUAAAGAAAGUUACUUUUCCAAAUAGUGAAAAAGAUAAGGAGAAAGAUGUCACGCAACGUGACGUUAAGAAACGAUCGAAACCAGAUAAAACUCAGAAAAUCGACGCAGAUAAGGCUCCCAAGUUCACGAAAAUUCCUAAGAGAAAAGUAUCACAAGCGAAAGAAAGUAAACAGAUGGACAAACAGCUAUGUACAGCGGAUCCUCAAGCAUUGCUGAGCAAUUUAGACCUAGAUAAAUUUUUAAAUUCUGUUCAUGGAUCAGCAUGAAUUUUAAUACAGAGUAGUUAAAUUUGUAAAAAUUUUAACGUCUAAAAUACAAGCAUUGUAUGAUAUGUAUAUAUAUGUAUAGUAACAACGCGUAUUCAGUAUUCAUAUCAAGUGUUUUAGGACAAAUCAGGCUUAGUUUGAUACCUUGUAUAGUACAACUAUUCGUAUUGAAUGUAUAUGUAAAUAAAAUCUGCAUGAUUUUACAUCUA